UUUUUGUAUAUAUUUUGAUAUGUGAUUCAAUUUUGAGAAAGUGAGUUGAAUUAAAGAGUAGUUUCAAAGAUGAUGGCCAUACCAGUUUUCACGCUCCAUCUGAACUAUCAAGUCUUGCCUGGCAGAAUAACAAUUGGCAAAUAUGACGGAUCGCAUUGUUGCUUGACGGCUGCUACCACCGGUGAUAAGGUGCUGAUCCACAGUCCUCACAAGAGGGACAAAGAAUUCUCUCUGCUGAACAUAAAUCAGAAUAUCACAGCGCUGUGUGCCGGCCGGCUGAACCCAGACGAGGAGAAAGAUAUUCUGGUUGUCGGCACCAAGGGCAGUCUGCUCGCCUACCAUGUUGAGAAUAAUUCCGACAUAUUCUACCGACAGGUGCCAGAUGGUGUGAAUGCAAUCACAAUAGGGCGAUUAGGUCUUCUAGAGAACCCCCUAGCUUUGGUGGGAGGUAACUGCUCCAUACAGGGGUUCGAUGCAAAGGGUAAUGAUCCCUUCUGGACGGUCACCGGAGAUAAUGUCAGAUCACUCGCGCUUCUAGAUGUCGACGGUGAUGGAGAAAAUGAGCUGGUGGUUGGUUCGGACGACUUUGAGCUGAGGAUCUUCAAGGAGGAUGCGAUAAUGGCCGAGUUGACAGAAACAGAGGCGAUCACAGCGUUGGCUGCCUUUCGAAACAAUCGAUUUGCCUACGCGCUGGCCAAUGGGACAGUUGGCGUCUAUGAAAAGCUGCACCGCUCGUGGAGGGUCAAGUCAAAGAACGGCACAGAAUGCCUGACCUGUUUCGACGUGGACGGGGACGGCGUUGAGGAGCUCGUGACGGGGUGGUCUAGCGGCAAAGUGGACGCCCGAAGCAGUCGGACGGGAGAGGUCAUCAUGCGGGACGUCCUGUCGCAGCCCAUUGCGGGACUGGUUUGCGGAGACUACAGCAAGGCGGGCACCAGUCAGCUGAUUGCUUGUUCCUACGCUGGUGAAGUGAGAGGCUACGAUUCGAGCAGUAUCAACAAAGAUGAGUCUUUACAAAUGGAAACUGUCCGCGAUCUUUUCGCUAAGAAACAGGCGCUGCUUCUCGAGUUGAAAAACUACACAUCUGAUCCUUCCACUAUUGGAAUACCGGCCAACACAAGAUUUCUAACUGAAAUAUCCACAUGCCAGACAUCUAACCAGCACAAGGGAGGCCACAUAGUGCUAGCUCUAUCCACCAACAAUUUGACAGUAAUCAGAGCAGUGACUGUGUUCGCCGAGGGCAUUUUCAACGGCGAGACAUUCGUCGUGCAUCCUAGUCUCAAUGAAGUGAGCACCUCCCUCUCUGUCCCCUUGGCUCCUCCGAAGGACAACCCUCUUGACAUUCAUAUCAGGACGUAUGCGGAAUUUCCGAAGGCGUUUGACCAGUUGAAAGAUUCCCUUAACAGAGUUGCCGAGUUGCAACAAAAUGCAACCAAGAUGGCUGCCUCGGUUGCAGAUAGCUCCAAUUUGAUACGCAGUCUUGUGGUACAAGCCGAGGAUGCUAGACUAUUGCAAUGCUUGAAAGACAUGAGAGAAUUCUACACAGAACUGUAUCAGGUGAAUGAGGAAAUGAUUAACACUCACACUGUGAGAAGAACCAAUCACGAACAACUUCUCGAGUGUUUGAGGCAGAUUAAUCUGAUCAUCCAGCAGGCAGCUAGACUGAGAGUGGGGAAACCCAAGAGUGAUAUUGUCACCUACAGCCGUGCAGCCAUCGCCAACAACAAUAUAAACGCACUUAUCAAAAUAAUUAAAACCGGUGAAGUUUGAUUAAAAUCUGAUUGAUUGGUUCGGUUCAGAUCUAACUACUGUUAAAUUUAAUCGAUGUACGUGCAACCGGGAGUGAAAGUGUUUUAAUUGUGACGACGAGUUUGAUGAUCACAUGUAAUAAAGUGUUACCAUAUUUGUUGAAUAUCUAAUACAUUUUUGUACAAAUCUAAUAAAUGUGUAGGUGACGCUACAAUACAGGGUGAGUUAUUCACUGAAACAUAAAAUCUUUCCUUCACUCACAGAUCAGAGAAAUCACUCAUCUUCAAAUGCUUAUAACUCAAGA